AGGGGGCUGGGGGGAGUAGCGUAAGGGACAUGGGGGAAGUGUUAGCCAGGGACGGACUGAGGGCAGAGGGAAUUGUUAGCCUGCUUUGGAGAUUGGGAAGGGGUUACAGUGUGACCGCACGAUGUAGCGUGACUGAGGUAAUCGAUUUUCUGUAUUCUGCACCUGGGACGAGGCAGCCCCGGGUGUACGGACAGACUGGGGUGGACAGGAUGGACAGCAGCCGGUGGAAAAGGACCGGGGCUCUGGGUCCAUGGCAAGCUGAACGUGUGUCCGCAGUUCCCUGGCAGCCAGGAGCGCCCAGUGUGUUCUGGGGUGCACCAGGCACAGCAUCACAGCGGGCAAGGGAGGGAUUGCCCCCCUCUGCUCUGCACUGCACAGGGGUGGCACCACAGCAAAGGCAUUGAGCUAUUGGAGAGUGCCCGAAGGAGGGCCACAAGGAUGGUGAAGGGUCCUGAGGGCAAGCCAUAUGAGAAGUGGCUGAGGGUGCUAGGUCUGUUCAGCCUGAGGAGACUGAGGGGAGCCCUCAUUGCAGUCUGCAGCUUCCUCUUGAGGGGCUGGUACCAAUCUCCUCUCUAGUAAUCAGUGAGAGAACCCCAGGGGACAGCCUGAAGCUGAGUUCAAGGCGUGUUUGGACAAUGCUGUCAGGCACAUGGUGUGAUUCUUGGAGUGUCCUGCAUAGGGCCAGAAGUUGGACUCGAUGAUCCUGGCAGGUCCCUUCCAACUCAGUGUAUUCUCACAAGUAUUAAAAAAAAAAAAAAAAAAAAUUUAAAAAAUGGAAGAGAGUAAGAAAAAGAAGAAACCAGAAGAGCAAGCUGAAGGGCCUGAAUCAGAUUUACCAGAAGCCUUACUAGAAUAUCACAUUGUGACAAAAGAAGCAGCAAUUGAACGGGUUUUGUUUCAUCUAAAAGGAUUGGAAGAAAAGAUCAAAGAAAAUCUUCAAAAAAAUGUUGUUUUGAAGAAAGAACAGAAGGUGCUCAUCAGGCGCUUGGUAAAGCAAAUAGAAAAAAAGGAGCAAAAACGAGAUGAGAAGGAGGCUGUAACCAGGGAUGAUGUGGAAGAGUCGCUGAAAGCAGUUUUUCAGUUUGUGAAGGACAAAGAACAACUUCUUCAAGAUCUGCGCUCCAAAAUUGAAGAAACUAAGAAAAAAAUUACAGAAAAGCAGAGUGAGAGAGAUUAUUGGUUGGAGUACAAAAAUGUUGGAAGUGAGAUACAUGCUGAGAAGAUUAGCAGUCUGGAAAAAGACAUCAUGGAAGUCAAAUGUGAACUUGAAAGAACUGAAGAACAUUAUAGAGAAGCUUUGAAUGUUGUGAAAGAAGAAAAUGAGAAACGGUUUGACAGGCACAUGAAGUUACUCAGUGAAGAAGCGCUUAAGAAAGCUGUGGGAUACUUAGGCGUAAACUGUCGCAGAGAGAUUGAAGAGAAUAAGUGGCUAAAAGAAGAGGUUGAGAUCUACCGAAAGGAAGAAAGGGAUUUGAAAGCUUCUGUCCAGCUCCUGGAAGAAGAAAAUGUCAGUUUAGUGGCAAAACUGAUUGAUAUCAAACUUCAGCAUCUACAAGUAUCAGGGCAUUUGUUUCUUACAAAAGGACCUGGCUUGCAAGAACUUCCUAAGGAUGAAAUGAACAGGGAAAACAAAGAAUAUGCAGCAAAGACAGAUGGAGAGAGCCUCAGAAGUGCCUUUCCAAAGAUUCCGUCUAAAACAGAUUAUGAGAAGCCUCAAGACAGUGAUGAAAAGCUGUGGAACAAAUUCUUCACUCUAGCCCUGGACGAGUUGUCAUUUGAAGAUGAAGAAGAGUUCCAGGCCUACUCAAAACUGGGACCUCUGAAGAGAAAGCUGUAUGUGGUUGGAAAAGCUGUGCCUACUUGUAAGGAACCAGAAGAAAUGCCAAGCAAGAGCCACAGGGAAGAGGACACUGCUGGUAAAUCAAAUGGGCGUAUCACAGCUGAGAUGAUCAAGGCCUUAUUUAAGGAAAAUGAUGAUGAAGACAAGACAAGCUGUACUCUUGACACAGAAAUGUAACAUUCUCAGUAAAUUAAAUAUUUGCUCUCUUCUGUAUGGCAUGGGGCUUUGAGGAAACUAUUUUAGAGUGCCUGAAUCAUGAUUACAAGUUUCAUGAGAGGUAUGUCUGUGUGCAGAGGCUAAUGGAAAGGUUCCUUUCCUCACCACUGAGAGAGGGCUUGUGCACUUUUUGGGGUAUUCAGUCCACGUAGCAGCACACCUAUCUACUAAAAAGUCUGAGCUAAUAUUUAGUUUGUGUGGUCUCCACUUGCAGAUGUGGAAUUUCCUCUUGAUCAGACAGUGAAUGGGUAAACGCAGGCUGCCAUAAAACACAGAACUGUUACAAAAUACGUAAUGCUGUGCUAAAGCAGAAUUAAUUUAUGCAAGCGUAAUUCAACUAGUGCUAUAAAUUGAGUGUUUGAAUACUUUUUUUAGCUGUUUCCACAACACCGCUACUUAAAUACAUUGAAAUAAACAAAAAUUAAUUUAAAAACAAUUUAAAACCAGCCUAAAACUCUCAAGGUCUUAAAUAUUUUCUUUGUUUAGAACUGGCCAAACAUACUAUGUGAGCUCAUAUCCUUGGUGUAUGGCUGCUCUCUUUGAACAUAUAUCUUAGUGCAGUGGGGGGGUUCCCUCUAGACACCCUCUCAGCACCCAACAGGUCCUCCCCACAUGUAGGCUCUGACCCGUGCAUUUCCUCAUUAGAAACUUAUGACAGCAUUGAAUAAUCUGAUUUAAACCAUUGACAGGAUAAUCAGCUGUUUAAAAAGCAAUAAAACUUUUUAAAAAACUUAUGUUUUAACCAACUUCUAUCUCUGUGCAGUAUCUCGGUGUAUCUGUACGUCAGUGCAAACACUUUUGGUUUUCCAAGCUCGCUCAGCUGUUCCUGCCCAGCAGGUGUCUCCUUGGGCUGCAGGUGAGUCCCACUGCUCUCUGGGCUCCACUGACCCAGCUCCUCCGAGGCUGGGAUCACGAGCAGACAGGUAAAGGUGGCGCAUUCCAGCUCUCACUGACUCUCACUUCUCUGCCAUGUGGUGAACAGUAAAGUGAGUUUGGAUGUGCUCCUGCUGUAACCCAGUGGAGUUCCUGCCAAGGCUGAGGCAGUUCCUAUGCCUUGAGUGUCCAGGGAAUGGGGAUCCACCCUUGGGCAGCUCCUGCUGUGUCUGCAGCCCAACAGAAGCCUCCCGUCGACUCCCCUGCCUUGCUCCGAGUGCAGCACAAGCCCCAUGAAAUGGCUGAUUUGAAAGAGAGAUUAGUUCUGCUCAGUGAUUAGUUUAGCUUCUCCUUCAGAUGCAGAAUUAGAAUGUGGCUUAUGCUGAAUGGCUUUUGUUAGAGAAGGGCCUCUCCUUCCCACCACUCCCCAGAGGGGAUUUACAUUUUCUAGUGGUGUAAAGGCAGGGCCCAUCUCUAGGCUUCUCUUGGCUUAUGCCCAUAAUGCCUAACGCCAUGUGCAGGGCAUAUGGCACGAGAAUAUCAACCUGCACCUUGGAAAAAAGAACCCUUGCCUCCUCCAGUGAAUUUAGCCUUUUCCCAUAGCAGCCUGGGUGGGUCAGAGGGAGUUAAAAAGAAAUCCCAAGCAUGCUAAUUAGAGUACAAGCCACAGGCAGCCUGCACAAGCCAGAAGCAACAGCCUGCAGCAAAACAUAUUGAGUGAAGUGUCCCAAAUCCCCUCGAUUUCUACAGGAUUAGCAUUAAGGCCACUGUGAAGCUUUCAUAUGGGGAAAGCUGGGUCUUCAGCCCAAGGCAUCUGGAUUUGAUAAAUUUGUUACUGGCAAAAUCUCUCAGAAAUGAGCAGCAUGUUGUAAAACAGGGGGCUGAUCAGUCACUUUCUGGCAGCACAGCCAGUGCUUUCCAAGCUCCACUUGGAGUUCACUGCUCGAGUUAGGACCAAACUUAUGGGAGUCACCCUUGUGUUCCCUGCAUUAUGAAAUACCUUUUCUUUGCUAUGUUACUGUUGCAAAAGCAAGGGUCCAGGUGUCUCCAAGGUAAGAUUCAGUUGAGCUGGAGUGAAGUGUUUAACUAGAACACAGCUCAAAGAAACUUGCAGUUUCAAUAGGAAGAAAAUAUCCAACAAGUAUUCCUUGGAAUUUGAAAUUAAAGAAAUAAAAGGAUCACUCAAGUUGCAUGGCAGUAAAAACUAUUUUAAUAGAUCUGAGGUCCACGAGCUGGAAGUGAGAAACAUCAAUCCACGGAAUGUCUAAAAGGCACAAUGGAGAGAGGUGUGCUGAGAGCCUGUAUCCACUCCAGUGAUGGAAGGAGCUGCUGACCUCAGCAUUCUGCUGGCUUGAACUCUCUCUGAGCAACUGGAUUGUACUGCUUUAUGCUCUGGCUGUGCUGGUAUGAUCUCCCCCAGCCUGAGCUGCAGGGAAUGUGGGUGAUUUCACUUUUGGUCUGGUUUUUGUGAGGUUUGCAGCCUCUGCUGCAGUGAGGUUAUAUAACGAGGCAAUCUUUCCACAGGUUCAGACCUGCACGUUUUGGGAAAUGAGGGUAAGAGACUCGUUCUGCAACAUUUGUUCUUGUUUGGCUGCUUUCUGAAAGAGAAAUUAUUAAACACUCUGCUUCUGUGGGCUAAAAGGAGUUUGCCAGAAUAAGGUCAAGGCAGAAGCUAAUGGACUGAAAAGUUACACUAUGGUGACAAGCACAGAAAAGAGAAUCUAUUGGUGUUAGCAUCUUCAGCCAGACAUUUUGCAGCUGGAUGUUCCUCCAAAAAAAGGCUGUUCCUUGGAUUUUGAGUCAACUGUGAAAGUAAGGAUGUUUUUUGCAAUACUGUAUUUCAGAGCUCAUGUUCUGCUGUCACCCACAAACUGCAUAUUGUUUUAGGACAUGACAUAGCAACAAGAUGCCAACAACUGUUCCCAGAUGUGGACAACUGAGCACUGAGCCAUGCUGAAAACUGGGAUUUAACAUGGUGCUGGAUCUUUGCUACUAGUGAUUAAAGCAAAACAAGAAGCUAAAAUUGUAUCAAAUACCAUUUUCUAAAAAAACCCAGUAUUUGGGCAAUUGCUGUAGCUGGCACAGGGAAGUUCAGCAGCUACCGCCAAGAGCAGAGAUCCAUGCUAUGAAAAUAAACCAAAACCCCAGUGCUCCUUGUGUACUGCAGCUGCUGGAUAUCCAAAGCACUGGAUUGCUGUGCACUGCUUGCAUCCAACACAUUCUCUGUACCCAUUAUCACCUCACACAGAAAUUUAAGCAAGUUAGCUCUUUGUUCCAAGGCUUUUUGAUCUUUGCUUCAGGAAAUUUCACCAUCGGAGAAGCAAGAAAAGAAUUAAAUGUGUUUUACUCACUCCUAGACUGAUCUGUUAUCUCAGGAAGGCCAUGUCCCAUAGUAUUACUCAAUCUUCAGGUACAAAAGGUGCUGAGUAGGUGGCAGCAAUGUUACACCUUCAGGGAACCUGCCCAGGGUUCUCUCCUCUUCGCUCACUCUCCUGAUCCAGCCAGGAUGCAGCUGAACAAUCAGCUAAGUCCCUCUGUGCUCCAGUUCGAACUUGGAACACAGCAGCAUCUCACAGAUUUUUCUUGUUGGGCAAACUCAGUGGAAGAUGUCAAGCAUGUUUCUGCUCUCUCCACUGUGGUGUGAGAGCUCCAAAGGUCACGUCAAGGGAUUGACAACAGGCCAAGGAGAAAGCUCUUGUUCAGUUUACAUAUGCUGCCAUUAGCGCUGCUCUUUGUCUGUAUUCAGCACAUUUUUUCACUGCCCCUCACAUUAUCUUGUCAAUCUUCUGCUCCCAUCAGCAUUUACCAUAGUUCCCAGUGUUUUUAGCACUUAAUUCUCAUUUCUCUGCCACAAUCUUUAUCUCAAUUAUGUCAUGGCCUUUAGGUUGCAAUUCAUUUAUGUUGCUACAAAAUUUGUGUCAGGCUCUGGAAAUGGGCACUUUUUGUCUAGUGAAAGAUGCAGGGUUUCACCCUGUCCCUUUUCUUGCUGAAGGGCUGUUUGGCAGCUGGGAACGCCUGUGACUUGUUCUGGCAGUUGGCUGAAUGGAACCUCCAGUGUCACAAAGUCACGAAAAUACAGACUUGAAACAUGUCCUGAGGUACCAGCUCCGUUUAGUUUGUGACUUUGAAACAAAGAAGAAAAGCAGCAAAGGAAUUUAGAUCUGUCUUCAGAUGAAGACUCCAGAUUUGUGCUGUUAGAAAACUCAAGUUAGGAGCCGUUCAAGUUCUUGUUCUGGCAAGAAUAAUUGUCUCAAGAGGUAAAUCCAGUUGUUUUCAUUAUAUAAUUCCCUGAUUUUAAAAAAAAUCGUGGUUAUUCUGACACACCAGUUGUCAAAGCUUUAAGAGGAACCACAUCCCUCUGACAAAGCACUUCAUCGUCCUCCACUUGCUGAGAGCAGGCAGCUUCCCUACACAGUUUGCUCCUGUAGAUUAAACAGCCUUUCAACUAAAUUCUAAAGAGAACCAGGUUUUCCCAAUCUGUUAUUAUUAAAAAGUGCCAGUAAUUAGAAAACAAAAUACGUCUGUGUACCGUGCUUUUUAAAUUAAGCUAAACUGAGUGUUAUUGCAGUGAUACUGAAAGCAAACACUUACUGGGAACAAAACAAAUGAGAAAAUACUGCUCAGGAAAAUUCUCAAGCCAGUUUGUCUCUGAAGAGUAAACCACAGAGCAAGGGUUUUCAGCAAGGCCUUCAGCAAGCAAACCUAAUCUGUAGAGCAGCUGUUUCAAGGAACACAGAGCAACAACGAGUGAGCAGUAAAGGGUAACAUUGAGUUCAGCAUCCCUGCAGAAGACAUGGGUUUGGGUGUUAGCAAUUCUUUGGCACUUCGUGAUUUGCAACCUCAAGUCCACAGCCACACCAAGAGCCCAAGGGAUCAAAGAGAUCUAGGAACACAGAUCUAUCCUCAGCUAAAACCCUCAAGUUAGACUCUUCAGAGAGCACCACAGACCUAAAAAGAAGGGUGGCAUAUGUUUCAUCAUAACCCAGCUCAUCAGGCUCUGGAGGGCGAAGGUCUACCUUCUUCCUUCACAUGAGGUCCGGACUGUAUUUCAGAACAAUCUGUACCCUGGCAGUUACUGAUGGAGUUAACAGGUCACAGAUGUGCACCGUUUUUCCAGCUGGCCCCCGAUUCAAACAAUUCACCUUUUUUAUAUUCUGACCACAAGCAAACCUGAGUUUCUCUCUGAGGGCACCAUCACGCACUGAAAGCCUCAGUGGUAGGAAGGCAAAAUGUCAGUAAAUGUGUAUGGAACUCCCCAGAUCUGGGUGUGUGUAUUACAUACUCUGUAAAAGGUUCUGGAGGUUUUUAUUCAUGCUUUGAGAAAAAGAUUUUAAAUCUACUGACCUGUACUGCUCAGUUUAUGAUAACCUGGCCUCCAGGACAAGCCUCAGGUCAUUGUGAGGAGGAAAGUUCCACUUCUAUCAACUCUUCCUGUGUCUAAUUACAGAAGACAGUCUCAGCAAACUGUUCAUAGCUUUUCCAGCACUACACCUUCCGCUGGAAGAUUAGGGGAGAUAAUUAUAAUUUGGGGGACAUAUUUAUGCUUCUUGCCCUGUUACAAACAGUACAAGUUUAUUGCCAUGAAUAUUUUGAAAAACUAGAAGAUGGUGAAAUAUCACGUUAGGUUAGGAAGAAGGAGACACCUUGUUACUGGAACACUGAGGCUGCCCGUGACACCAGCCCGGGGAAGAGGCUGCAGGGAUCACAUCAGCCACAGAUUCAGAGUGCACUUCCUGCAAUACAAUAUGCACAUAUGAAAUACAUUUGGUAUUUUAUUAAGUAAACAAAGCAAUUAUCAGUGCACAUUUUAAGCAGCAAAAAGAAAAGAACCUCAGACUUUCAUACCGUAACAAAAUCCUGUGGAAGCUGCAUUUUAUUUGAAAAUCCACCCAUUUUUGCUAACAUACAUUUUAAUAUUUUAAACAAAAAUAGAAUCUGCAGAGACAAUGCAGCAAGUAUGCUUAAUUCAUGUACAGAAUUGCUUUCGUAUCAUUGACUAUCCUUCUGAAGGCCCCACUCCACCCAAAAGUUAUGAUGUAUUUACACAAAGCACCGAUCAACAGCGCUACUUUAAUUCCUCGUGAACUAAAUACCCACUAGACAUAUGUAAGGAAGCUACUUCCCCUUUUUUACUUUUAAAAGGUACAUGAUCAUAAACAUGGCACAAGCCAAAUGAAAAGGCUUUCCCCCCCAACACACAACACCUCUUUUUUUUUUUU